UCUGGCCUUAAAUUUGUGUAGUUCACACAGUGUUCAAAAAGUUUACAUUAUUAUUUUGUUUUCUUUUUUUUCAAAUUGUAUAAUUUCGAAUUUUUGGAUUUGGCGCAUUUUUCGUCGAAUUAGUCAAUGACCGCUUUUUGAUCAUCUUCUUCUAAGUCGAAAUUCUUCAAGAAUAUGUGUUGCGGACCUGCUGGUUGUUGCCCAUCCUGUGGACCUCCAUGUGGCGGACCUUAUUGCAAGCCGUGCUGUGUUGAAAUGUGUUUUUCGCCUUUUACACCUGCAUAUUUGCAAUGCUCUUAUUGCUGUGGCUGUUGAGAGAAAAGAUUAUAUAUAUCAAUAGAGAAACUCAAGAGAGGAAUUGAUAAUUCGUCAAAAAAAAUUCAAUGAAGAGAAAUGAGUAUUUUAAUAACUUAACGAUAACAAAAUAAUAAUGUAAAACCAAAAAAAACCA